AACAAUUAGUGCUUUACACACGCAUGUAUAACAAUUGUGUGCCGGUUUUAAUCGAAACAGGCCAGAAAUAUGCGUUUACAUCGUUUAUACGGUCUUGUUGUUCUACACCUAACCUUACAAAGUACGUUCGCAUUACUCAACGUUUUAGAACAACAUGUCGAAAUUGACCUAUCCGACUAUGGGAGGAACACGACAUUUACAUAUAAACUGUAUUUGGCGGAAGGAAAUGUGGUUGUAAAUGUCGCAAAUGCGACUAACGGUCGAUUUUUUGUCAUACAGGCUCACAGUUUUCAGUCUAAUAAUAUUACGUUAUCUAAAACGGAAACGCCAACUUUAGGUUCUUACGUUGUCGGGACGAAUAUUGGCAUGGUCGAAACUCCGCUGAAUUCCGAUGAGGUGUACCGAUAUUACAUAAACUACGUCGAUAAGGCCAACAUUCAGGUGUUACUCUCUGUCAUAUUGUACGGGGAUGAAGAUCCAAUUCCGGGAGGUUGCAAUAUGGUAUACAACACGAAAAAUGCGCCAUACCAAGUACUUACCUACGACGAUUACAUGAUACAAGUCGACGCGGCGCCCGCCCUCGAUUUUUCCUGCGAUAUCUCCUACCCCCAUCUCGACAUGUACCACAUGUACCUGUCGGAGGGCAAUUCCGACAUCAACGCCUACUUCGAUGCCAUUCAAAAGAUGAUGACCGUGGAUGGGAUAAAGAAGUACGCGAGAAAGGUUUCAGAUACUUUAUACCAAAAAUCACUUCGACGAUAUUACAGUGCUUAUCCCGGUACAGGAUCGGUAUACGCCAUAAUCGCCACGUCCGGGAAUGCAAGCUCCGCUUACGUACCGGCGGCGACUUACGCCUGCGACGUUAGCAAUUGGGAUGAGAGUUGCUUAGGACCGGUGUCGGUCAUUUGGAAAGUUAUAUGCGCGGUGAUUUUAUUUAUGGGCGCUUUUAUGUGCCUCUUUGGUCACAGAUUCUUCAAGAUUGAAAUGUUUGUCUUUGGUUUUGUGUGUGGAAGUUUCAUUUCGUACGUUUCCUCACCGUUUGCAGAUGCGCCUUCUGCGAGUUCCAGCUUGGGUUUUGCUGUAGCUUUUGGAUGCUGCUACGGAUGUAUUUGGCUGUUUUUCUGGUGGAGAUUUGGAAUUCCGAUAUUAUCUGUUUUUGUGCCUGUAUUUUUUACGGGGUACAUCAUAGGAUGCGCGCUUUAUUACACAGGACUUGGAGACUUGCGCUUAUUCCAAAGUGACCUAAACUAUUGGAGUUCUUUCUUUACCAUCAUCGUCGUUACAAUGAUGAGCUUGCUUUUUAUUACGGUGUUUGCCAACAUUUUAUCUUGCAGUGUAAUUGGAGCAACCGCAAUAGUGAUCGCCAUAGAUCAUUAUAUUGGCGGUACUAUCCAUUACGUAAUUAUCAAUAACAUACGACGCGCAACUAUUACCAACUUCAACUUGGCAAUUUUGGAUCCGCCAUAUCAAUAUAAAGAUAUUACAUUAGGUGUGGUGUGGGUGGUGCUCGUAAUAUCGGGCGUUGUCGUACAGAGAAAACAACAGGUUGGCAAACCACCAUUUCCACCACAUCGAGCAGCUGUUGCAGAUAUAGCAGAACGUACACCUUUACUAAGCAACGCUCCUUUGAACUACAAUAUCGAAAAUCGCCGGGCGUACACAUAAAGUAUCAUUUUCAUUAUUAUGACUGACCAACAGUUUUUAAAGUAGUGACGUUUUAUAUUCUAAAGAGUGCUAGCAUAGCUAAUUAUUGCUGACAUAGUAUUUAAUAGUAGCAGACAACUCCUUUAAAAUGUAGCACCUUUAUUUUGGGUAACUGUGAAAUUGUGAAAUGUAUUUUGGUUGUUCACAUUGUGAUUAAACACCGGUGCUUAAAGGUCCUGGAAAUCAAGAUCGUAGAUUGCACAAGCAACGGUUCCAAUGCAACUCAUAUUGGCUGUGAUUUAUCGGAAUGAAGUUUUGCGAUCCCAACCCUGAUGUGGAACGGAAAUGGGGCUUAUACUUGUGCCAUUUGUCGUCUGGUAAGAAAGUCGUACCUAAGCCGACUUAAAGCUUAGUCUUCAAUACACAUCAAUUAUUAACCGUUAAUGUAGCACAUGAUGUUAUUACAUUUUUAACAGCUAGACACCUACUUUUUUGUAUGUACUCAUAAUAAAGUGUAUUUAUACCCUA